AUGCCACCGACCCCCUCUGUCAACUUCUCCCUGGUGCCACGGACCCCCUCUGUCAACUCCUCUCUGGUGCCACCGACCCCCUCUGCCAACUUCUCCCUGGUGCCACCGACCCCCUCUGCCAACUCCUCUCUGGUGCCAUCGACCCCCUCUGUCAACUCCUCCCUGGUGCCACCGACCCCCUCUGUCAACUCCACCCUAGUGCCACCGACCUCCUCUGUCAACUCCUCCCUAGUGCCACCGACCCCCUCUGUCAACUCCUCCCUGGUGCCACCGAACCCCUCUGUCAACUUCUCCCUGGUCCCACUGACCCCCUCUGUCAACUCCUCCCUGGUGCCACCGACCCCUCUGUCAACUCCUCCCUGGUGCCACCGACCCCCUCUGUCAACUUCUCCCUGGUCCCACUGA